GCCCUCCCCACCACCACACUUCCACCCUUAUUCUAUAUAUAAAACCCGCGCCGCGACAGGGCGCACAUCCAAAAUCACGAGGGUGUUCGUUUAGUUUAGUUCUUUCAUUGUUUCCUCUCUUUUCGCUCUCGCUAUCUCAACAAACACACUGUGCUGAAACUUUGAAAACUUUUUCCAUCGUUCACACGUCUAAUGAUUUUUUUUUGUUUCGUCGAAAACAUCAAAUGGCUCUUCGGGGACUUUGAGACAAACGGUAGACGGAAAACAGUGCGCAGGGGGCAACCGUUGUGGGGUUAUGUAUAAGAAUGCCGCGGUGUUUGAUGGCAAAAAAGUGGAAAGCGUAUCCGUGGCCGGAGCGACCCCAAGAGCACCGACACGACGACGACGACGAAGAAGAGAUAGACGUGGUGGGCGACGAGCCGGGAGCGGCGUGCUGGGGUCCGUCCAGUCCCACAGAGGGGGCCACGGCGCCUAGCCCACCACCGACUUCUCCGCAUGGGACUACCAUACUCUACAAUGGUUAUUUAAACGAAGUCUCUCCGUCAAACUACGCGACGUACGUCCCGAAAACAGACACCCCUGUCCCUAACAUUUCGCCGUCUUACGCAACCCUUCGGACUGCCGGCGAAGUUGAGGCUCAAGAGUUUUCAACUCCCACGCCUCCGCCCAAACGAAAAUCUCUAUCUAUGAUCUACACCAGUACGGGCGCCACUUUAAGCCUGCCUCCAAAGAAAAAGGACAUAUACAGGCCUUAUUCGUUGGAAGAUAAACCGUCGCCGAUCACUUUGCCUUUCCAGCACGCGAUCAGAGUGCCCGCGGAGGAAGACUUGCACGCGGCUCACGCCAUAUUGGACUUGAGCGCGUCCACUACCGUUUUCCUGCCUCCGGUAACCCAGCACGUGGAAGCGGUGUCCCAAAACGACAUUCAAGAGCGGGAAAAUAUACGACCUCAGUCGUUGUCGUACAAAGCCGGAAAAACGGUAGCCUACACUUACGAGGCAUUCUUCGUCAGCGACGGUAGGUCGAAAAAGCGACUAAACUCCGACGAUCCGGCCGAGGCACUAGUGCCCAAAGUGAGCAACGAGAAGCCGAAGUACACUUGCAGCGAAUGCGGGAAGCAGUACGCCACGUCCAGCAACCUUUCGAGGCAUAAACAGACCCACAGAAGUCUGGAUUCGCAGGCGGCCAAGAAAUGCAUAACUUGCGGCAAGGCUUACGUCAGUAUGCCUGCGCUGGCCAUGCACGUGCUCACUCACAAGUUGGCGCACCGGUGCGGCGUUUGCGGCAAACAAUUUUCGAGACCUUGGCUACUUCAAGGUCACUUGAGGUCGCACACCGGCGAGAAGCCGUACGGCUGCGCUCACUGCGGCAAAGCCUUCGCAGACAGGUCGAACCUGAGGGCGCACAUGCAGACGCAUUCGGCGGACAAGAACUUCGAAUGUCAAAGAUGCCACAAGACCUUCGCGCUAAAGUCUUAUCUCAAUAAGCACCUGGAGUCGGCCUGCUUGAAGGAGGAGUCGACGCAGCCGCUCGAAGUUGUCCACGGAGUGCAAAAGGUCGAUCUCAACGCGGCGGUGCCGCUGAGGGUGUACGCCGCGUAAGGAAACCGCCGUUAGAGGGUACUUCAGGUCAGUAUAGGUGAUCGAUACUAAACAGCUUCGGAAUUACCGGUAGUAAAGCUUUAAAUAAGAUUAUAAUAUUAGGUUUAGUUUUCUGUAACAGAUAAAGGUUUCCCACGUUCCGAAGCGUGACGCGUUCGAUCAGCUAAAUUGAUGUCACUUCUUAAUAAUGUCUUUCUAGUCUCAAGUAUCCUAGUCUUAGUUUAGGGGGUGGAACCUGGGCGCCACAAUGUCAACAAAAAAACACUAGUCAUCGGUUUCCACCCUGUAGGUGUAUCGUUGAACCUAUAUAUAGUUUUAGCGACCCUCGUCACGUGCAGGGUAGCAGUGUCACGAAGUCUAGAUUAAAGUCGUGAUUUAUUCUUCAUAAACUGAAGCCCCUGUAAAUAGGUUUCCUCUCCUUCUUUCCUUCUCCAUUUCCUCGUUUCUGUCUCUCCCUGUGAGAUAACAUACACAUCGCAAACACGUCCACUAAGUUAGGGUUAGAUUAUAAGCGUUCUCUACCUAAAUAUACACGGUAUUUGCGGGAUGCAACAAGGUCUUUCCAAACUCGAGAAUUUCCAAUUUAAAUUCGAAAGUAGUUCAAAGCAAGAAACGAUUAUUACAAAUAUCGCGCAGAGUUUUUUUUUCAGCUCAACUGAAACGCCCUUGUUGGAUCCUACGUGAGCAUUAUAACUGUAAAUAGGCUGGCUGCGUCAAAUACACCACAUUGGCUUCGCGCCCGUUUUAGUCUGAUUUAUAGUUUGCGUAAAAGCCAUUUUGUACGUUCAUAUCAACGAAACUAUGAACGAAUUGCAACGUUUCGCAAACAACGAAAAAUUUAUUAAUAUGAGCAUAUUUUUAACGAUAUAAAAAUCUAAUUAAGGUAAUUUUUGCAAACAUUGGAUUAUAUCCUGGCACGAUAUUUAAAAGCUCUAGUUUUAUUUUACUUUUUGCACAUCCGCCUUAGUAUCGAGGGCGCUUUUCCAAAUAUUUUCAAAACCAUGAGAGGGAAAAAUGUUUAAUUACGUUAGGAGUUCGAGCUUAAGCAAUAUAAUGUGUUUCAGAUUUCCACGGCGCAAAAAAUACAUCGAAACUAGGUAAAAGUGCGCUGAAGAAGUUAUGGUGUUUGCAAUUAGGAAGCUUGAGAACUAUAUAAACAUUUCUUUUGUAACUAGAUAUUUCAAAACUGUAUGUUAUUUUUUUAAAAUGAAUUAUUUUCAUUUCAUUUCGUAUUGGUUUUGAAUUUAAAAAUGAAGAUAAGCUAUUAGUUUUGUUUCUAUGUUUAAAAUCGUUGACCAAAACUAACAAACGAUUUCUCAUUAUUAGAUCGUAAUAAGAUUUUGCAAUUCUUUAUCCUUAUGUUUACUGUGAUCUACAUUAAACCACGUGUUCACUUGCAAGGAACUUCCAGUAGUUGGUUAGUUAGUAGUUUGUUCCGGUAGGCUUUGAUGUUUUGCUUAAUUUUGUGAAAGACAAGAUAUGGAGAAAAAACAUCUAAAAACACAUUCCAUUCCAUUAGACGAGUGUAGCGCUUCGCUUUUUAGCAACAUAUAAUUACUUAGAGCCACACAGUAAAAUAAAAAAAUUUGUUUAUUAUCCCAAAAAUAGAUCUUUCACCCAUAGUUAACAAGCACUUUAUUAUUAUUAUAAAUAAUAUUUUUAAUAAAGAUAUAAAGUUAAAUCUGUUCAUACACAAUAUAGUGUUAACUACAUCUACAAGCAGAAAUUUCAUCAACAUUUCAAUCAACACACAUCAUGUGGCCAGGCCAAGGCCUAGGCAAUUUUCUUGCAAGUGAACACAAGGCUUUAAAAUAAAAGUCAAUCUCAGAUAACUUUAAAUGAACAUUACAAUAUCGACUAUCUGUUUGGAAGAUUAAAAUAAAACUAGAACUUUGCUCUAUUACCCAGUAGUGCACGCAUAAUUUGUCAUCCCGAAGGUAACGAUUAAAAGAUAUAACUGCAAAAAAACGAUAAAUUUUAACAACGAUCCAAAAAUCACUUUUUCUAAUAUCAGGAUUCUGAUUCAACUCAUUGCGAAACAUUCGGCGUAGUCUUUUAUCGUUUCAUUUUGCAGAUAUAUUUUAUCGACAUACCCAUCCGUUAUGCGUGUUGAUUGUUUUACAACGAUUGCAGUAAUGUAGGAGUGUAAACCUAAAAUUGCCUAGGUAAGUUUCGCAACUUAAGUGAGAUUUACAUUGACUUAGAGCUAAGCUAAUUUUGAAGUGCGAAGCAUUCUAGUCGCAGGUAGUCCCGAUUAGCGUUACCCUAACGUGUAAUAACGUCCUAGUCUCGUUUUAAUAGUCAAUUAUUUCUUAUUAUAAUUUUAUUGUUAGUACCCGUUUUGGGGUUGGGUUAAAAUUCGAGCCCGAUUCGUUCGGUUUUACAUCGACCCCGUGUUUACUCGUAGAAUGUAUGCGUGCGAGUAUGUGUAGAGAUGAGAGUCGCAUCAGACUAAAAAAACAGAAAAUAUUGUAUAGUAUUUAAAAUCAGAAACAAAAAAAAAGACGAGAGAUCUCGACAAAGAAAAAUGAACUUAGUUUUUGGCAGUAUUUUUGCAAAAUAUAUAUUAUAUAUACGGAAAAAAGAUACAAAUAUUAAUAUAUUAAAUAUUUAUUAUUAGAAAGUAAUAUAAAAAAUGUUAUUUAUGAUAAUCGAGUGAGUGUAUCGGUAGGUAAUAAGACUUGCGUCUUGAUCGUGGGCCGGUGCAAUCAAGCAUAAUGUUUUCGAUUUCAAGAUUUAUCGGCGUAAGUAUAGAACUUAAGGGCCCUCUAGGCCAAUUUGGCACCCAACAUGUUACGUCACCUGUAGACAUUCUGUAAGUAGUUUCGGCGUGAUAUGAGAAUACAAUCGAAACGGGUAUAGUAGGACCAGACAUCUAUCGAACUCGUUAAAUAGACUCGCCACAACAAGUCACACAUAAAAACUGAAAAAAAAGAUCUUCUUCUUCUACUUCUUGGAGAUCUGUCGAUCUGUUAAUUCUGAAGCUGCCUCUGCAUCUUUUCCUGUGAUGUGGAUUGCUGCACCACCUUUUAGGUGGUCUCCCGGGAGGUCUUGUGCUGGGCGGGUUGUUUUCCAGGACUAUUCUCGGAAGUCUGUUCUCGUCCAUCCGUCUUACAUGGUUGUACCACUUCCUCUUACGUUGUCUUCCCCAUCCCACAAUAUCUUGUAUCCCGCACUGCUCUCUGACAUUUGUGUUUCUUACUCUGUCUCUUCUUGUUUUCCCCACUAUUAUCCUCAGUGUUUUCAUCUCUGCUACCCUUAGUAUUUGUUUCGUCUUGUUGGUGUCUUCGCGGACUUCAGUGCCGUCAUGAUGGGUCUGAUAUAAGUCUUGUAGAUUCUAAUUUUGCUAUCCUUGCGCAUGUACGGAUUGGACCAGGCUAUAUCUCGUAGGCAUCCUGAUAGUGCGGAUGCUUUGUUAAUCUGGCUCUUUAUGUUUUUAACUGGGUCGUGGGUGCUUGAUACAUCUAUGCCCAGAUAUCUGAAUUGCAUCACUUGUUCUAUGGGUUUGGCCUCCACCCCCAGCUUACAUCUGAGCGGAUCCUUCGCGAUUGAGAUACAUUUGGUCUUGCUGAUAAAAAUGUUCAUAUUGAGUUGGCGGUUUUCUAGGAAGAAAUGGAAUAGUUGUCUUUGUAGGUCGUUUUCUGAUUCGGCGAUGAUUGCUGCAUCAUCGGCGUAGCACACCAUUCCAACUUUUUUUGCCCAGCUGUAUCCGAGGUUGAGACCUGUUACUUUGUUUAUAAUUUUGUCCAUAAGGAGAUGUCCUCUUUCAUGUCGAAGCAACCACUUGCUUCAUUGCAACAAAUUCUGAAAAACGACCUUCAAGUAGAGUGGUGUAGACGUCAAAUAAUUUUCCUUUAUUAUCAUUUGAAGAGCUGUCCUUCCUAUAUAUAAACUAAAAUAACUAUAACUUCUUGUCCCAAAUAAAACAAACGAAUGACUAAACUUUUUUAAGCCAAAAAUCAUCCGUGCGUCAUUGUUUUAAUAAAAUUACUUAGAUAAUUACUAAAUAAGAUCCGUACCUGCAGAUGCGUAGUCGAAUUUCGCACGUUGGCGGUGGUCGAGGGUUGCAUUUUUAAUUAGUUCGAUAGAUCGGAGAUUGCACUAUACUUUUUAUUUAACAGUGAGCGUGCGCUGUGCCCAGAUCUGGCGAGUGUGAAAUCUAGUCAUUUUAGCCAGUAAAUAGUGCCGGAUCCGUAUAAUUACGACAUUGGUUGUUUGGGCCACUGGGUUUGAACGUUAAACUUGGGGUUAGUAGUAGUAGCAUUUUCUCCAUCAUUGCUCCAGAAACAAGCAAAGCACUAAUAAGAUUAAUUGAAGUACGUUGUGAAGACAUAAAAAUGGCGAAGGUUGUUCAGCCGUAUGGCCCAAUCAGCUUUUAUCGUUUUGUACUAAAUCCAUGCGUAGCAAACUAAAAUUAGUAUCACCGAUGUGUAUAAUAGUAGGGGGUGAUGUAAGUCAAAACCUGUAGAUCUCUAGCGGUUAUUCGUUUGAUUUGUUUGUAUAGUUUGUAUUUUAAAUGUUCACUGGCGUAACUUCGGGGGGAAACGAUCGGUCGAACGUCAACCGCGGACUGCCGAAAAAUCCUGUCGCGAUAUACUACGUACGGGCUGUCCGUUCGAAAACUAAACGGGUGUUCAACCACAACGAACCCAAAUCAAUCGCGAAUUAUUAAGAAUCAUCGACGUGAACAGUUCCCGAACAAUUUCAAAAGCAAUACGAACGGUUUUAGGAACUAAUGCAAUAACUAAAAGCAAUUACUUGUCAAAUUCGAUGUUAAUCUGUCAAUCAGCGGAACUAUCUGUGUGCUUUUCUGUUAGUAGCGCUUGCCAAGAAUGUAGUUCAUCGAAGUUCCAUAAAAAAAUGACCCGCAAAGCCCAAAGAAUAACGGAAGCGGGGGCUCUGAAACGGACCUGGCGAAUUUCAUUUUAAAGGCAAGCUUAGGGAAAAUAUUAGGUAUCAAUACUCAGGGGCGGAUUUUUAGGAAGUAAGCGUGUUCCCGUUUAGGUCGAAAGCAUGACCUUCGAAAGCCGGGUAUUCAAAAGCAAUAAAAAGCAGUAGGAUGGUCAGAGAAGGCCACGCCUCUGGAACCAUAGCAAUAUAUACAUAGAUAACGAAGUAAACUUAAGUAAUAACCGAAAUUAAAGUAGAUAGAAGAUAAGGAGCUAUAACGAUCGUAUGAAGCUGCUUCUUUUUAUGGUGGGGGAUAUGAAUGUUAAUUUUGCGAAGUCAAUUAUUGCGAAUUCCGUCGCUCAAAUCAAAUCGACUUGAAACAUCCGCACCCAGAAUCAAAAAAAAAAUCCACACCCAGUAGUAAAUUGUUUCUGAAUUCUGCCUGAGUUCUCAGGAAACACGUCACCGCUAGAUCUACUUGUUGCAUUCGGUUAUUUCUGCAUCACAGAGUUAGUUCAUUUUGUGUCGAGGAAUUUUGCAAAUCUUACUUUGGCGCAUGAUUACAGUCGAAAAGAAAUGAAAACACUUAAUACGAAUAAAUUGGUUUGAUAUUAUGUAAAUUUCCGUUUCGGCGGGGGCUCUCAUAAACAACGCUGACCUUUUAGGUUAUAAAUUUGUGAACUGGCUGCCGCACGCGGUUUAAUAACGGCGAACUAGCGGUGUUGCCAGAUUCUAAAUCUCGAUGUGAUACAAUGAAACAAAAUCGAUAGUUUGCCCUGCGCAUACUUUACGAAACUCUUAACUGUACUACUGUUAUGUUGAUCCAAUUUAGAAACAAAGUGCGUUAAUAAAAAUCAAUUCCCCUAAAAGCGAAAAGUUUUUUGUUGGCGGCAAAGGACAUAAAGAAACUUUGGAUUCGUAUAAGGGAGGGACUUUAUCGAGGUUUAUUUAGCGAAAGAAUUGCUGGUUUAAAGGACAAUUAUUAUGGGUGACUUAUCCCCCACUGUCGUCUUAUAGGGCUAUAGUUUAGAUCUGCCUGAUAUAACAGCAAUAUAGAUACAGCAAUAGUUUUUAAACGUAUUUCAUUAUGAUAAACGAAAAAUAUAAUCAAAGCAAUACGAGUUAUUGUAUUUAUCUUUAGGAUUUAGGCGAAUUUUUAAUGAGAAAUAGCAGUUAUAUUAUUACAACGGCCGUGUUAUAAUAAUAUAUACUUUUAACUUUUAAUAGGACAAUUUAAACUUGAAACAAAAAGAGAAAAAGGUUCUCCUAGUUCUUAUUCUGCACUAUUAUCGUUCUUAAUGAGUUGAUUUGUAAUUUUUGUCGGUAAACUUUGUGUUUUUUUGCACAGUUUGUAUAAACUAUGUAAGAUACUUAUUGUUGUAAUUUUUGUUGUAGCCUAAGACUUGAUUAUAACGCACAUUACAAUGUAUUAUCGGUUAUCGAAUCAAACGAAAUAAGAACUAAGACGACGUAAACUGUAAAGAACGUAGACCACGUCCAAUAUGUUAGCGGCAUGCCAAAGAUUUUUGAAAAUAUUUACAACGAUUUAAAUAAUAAUAAACAAAGAAAUACAUAUAUUGAAUAAAUUGCUGUAAAAUAGAUUUUUGACUAAGUAUUUUUGGCUAGUGCAGUGCUUGCAGAACCUGUAUACACAUGCAGUCCAGUAAUUGACCACAAAAUAUUGAGUAUAUUAACUAUUAACUCUAUGACACUACAUAGGAAGUUUUGUAUUAUAUUUUCAUAAUAAAUAGAA